CUUUCUUUGAAUCAAUUCAAAUCGACCAUGUCUUUUGCUACUUUGAUUGAUGGAAAGGCUAUUGCCGAAACCAUUCGCAAUGAACUCCAGAUUCAAGUAGCCGACCUGCGUACCCGAUACAACGGAUACACACCUCAUCUGGCCAUUAUUCAAGUUGGUAGUCGGCCAGACUCGACCAUCUAUGUGCGCAUGAAAGAACAAGCUGCUAUCAAGGCUGGCAUCAAACUCACUUUGAAAAGGUUCGAUGAGAGCGUAUCUCAAAUGACAUUGAUGGACGCCGUGUAUGCUCUAAACGAUGAUCCAUCUGUACAUGGCAUUCUAGUUCAACUACCUCUACCUUCGCAUAUUGAUGAAAGAAGCGUUACAGAAGCAAUGAGUCCUACCAAAGAUGUGGAUGGAUUUCACUCAACCAACAUUGGCCAGUUGGUCAAAAGAGAUCAGCAUCAUGCAUUUGUGCCAUGCACCCCAAAAGGUGUUGUUGAAUUACUCCGUCGUAGUGGUAUUGAUGUCAAGGGAAAACGCGCUGUUGUUGUUGGACGCAGCAAUAUUGUGGGCAUGCCAGUUUCUCAUCUACUGCAAGAUCUUGAUGCCACUGUUACUGUUUGUCACUCCAAAACUCAAAACAUGCAAGAGAUCAUCAGCACUGCUGACAUUCUAGUUGCUGCCGUUGGUCAUGCAAAUCUCAUUCAGGGAUCUUGGCUUAAAAAGGGUGUUGUUGUCAUUGAUGUUGGCACCAACGCUGUUGCCGAUCCCACAAAGAAAUCUGGCACUCGCUGGGUUGGUGAUGUUGAUUUUGAAACUGCAUCACAGGUGGCAUCUGCCAUUACACCCGUUCCAGGUGGUGUUGGGCCAAUGACUGUUGCAAUGCUCAUGUCCAAUACUGUCGAGAGUGCUGUAAACUUUCUCAAGGGAAACAAGGAACCAAUUCAAUACUUGCCUCUUUCUUUAAAGCGUCCUGUUCCAAGUGAUAUUGAUAUUGCCAUGGCUCAAACGCCAAAAGUCAUUAAUCGGGUUGCUCGUGAGCUUGGUCUUUUUGAAAGCGAGUAUGAGUCUUUUGGCAGAAACAAAGCCAAGGUUUCGCUGUCUGUUCUGGAUCGUCUUUCCCAUGUAAAGGAUGGCAACUAUGUCGUUGUUGCUGGUAUUACACCCACUCCACUCGGUGAAGGUAAAUCUACUACCACUAUUGGUCUUUGUCAGGCUCUUGGUGCACACUUGAAACUUCCUGCCAUUGCAUGUGUUCGCCAGCCAUCACAGGGCCCUACGUUUGGUAUCAAAGGUGGUGCGGCUGGUGGUGGUUAUUCCCAGGUUAUUCCCAUGGAUGAAUUCAACUUGCACUUGACUGGAGAUAUUCACGCAGUAGUUGCUGCAAACAACCUGCUUGCUGCUGCCAUUGAUGCAAGAAUUUUUCACGAAGCAACCCAAACCGACAAGGCUUUGUUUGAUCGUUUGGUUCCAGCCAAAAAAGGAGUCCGCACAUUUUCUGCAGUGAUGUUUAGACGUCUAAAGAAACUUGGGAUUGAUAAAACCAACCCAGAUGAUCUUACUACUGAAGAGCGUUCCAAGUUUGCUCGUUUGGAUAUAGAUCCAGCUACCAUCACCUGGCAGCGUGUUCUUGACACCAACGAUCGUUUUCUCCGACGUAUCACCAUUGGUCAAGGACCACAGGAGCAAGGUAGAACUCGUGAAACUGGAUUUGACAUUGCAGUUGCAAGUGAAGUCAUGGCUGUUCUUGCUUUAACUACAGAUAUGCGUGAUAUGCGUGAACGACUUGGACGAAUGGUCGUUGCAAGCAACAAAUCGGGUGAGCCUAUUACUGCUGAUGAUAUUGGCUGUGGUGGUGCGCUUACUGUGCUAAUGAAGGAUGCUAUCAAACCCAAUCUCAUGCAAACAUUGGAGGGAACCCCUGUUUUUGUUCAUGCUGGUCCAUUUGCCAAUAUUGCUCAUGGAAACUCAUCCAUCCUUGCUGAUCGCAUUGCGCUUAAACUUUCAGGUACCAUUGAUGGUACCGAAGUCUCUCAGCGUGGUUUUGUGGUGACCGAGGCCGGAUUUGGAGCAGACAUUGGCAUGGAAAAGUUUUUUGAUAUCAAAUGCCGCUAUUCUGGUCUCAUUCCCAAUGCAGUUGUUCUUGUUGCAACGGUCAAGGCUCUUAAAAUGCACGGCGGUGGUCCUGAAGUUGUUGCUGGAAAGCCUCUUUCUGAAGUCUACAUGCAAGAAGAUCUUGCUUUAGCCAAGGCUGGCUGCAACAAUCUGAUCAAGCACGUUCAAAAUGCUCAAAAGUUUGGUGUUCCAGUUGUAGUUGCCAUUAACCGUUUUAGUACCGAUACAGAUGCAGAAAUCAAUGUUAUCUGUCAAGAAGCCAAGGCGGCAGGGGCUUUUGCCGCUGUUUCAUGUGAUCACUGGGCUAAUGGCGGUGCAGGUGCAGUAGAUCUGGCAAAUGCCGUUGUAGCUGCCUGUAGCUCUCAUGAUCCAAAGCAAUUUAGAUUCCUGUACAAUCUAGAUGCAUCCAUUGAGGAAAAGAUUGCUACUAUUGCUCGUGAAAUGUAUGGUGCUAGCGGCAUCGAACUUUCAGAGGCUGCCAAAAAGAAAGCCGAGACGUAUACUGCUCAAGGCUUUGCAGGGCUUCCCAUCUGCAUGGCCAAGACCCAUCUGAGCUUAUCUCAUAACCCUAAAUUAAAAGGUGUUCCCACUGACUUUGUUGUUCCUGUGCGUGACAUUCGUGCUUCGGUUGGUGCAGGAUUUCUCUACCCACUCUUGGGCGAGAUGCAAACCAUGCCAGGUCUUUCUACCCGCCCUUGUUUCUUUGAUGUGGAUGUGGAUCCAGAAACAGGAAGAGUUUAUGGUCUUUUUUAAAAACAAUGGUGUUUAUUAUUUUUGAAAUUAAUGCCUCCAUCUAUGAAACAAUAGUAUU